UGACGUAGACUGACGUACUAGGAAGUAGAUGACAACAAAAACUGCAGCUGGUUAAUGCUAACCACCCGUUCAUGUUGUGAGAGUGACAGGAGAAAUGCAAUGAUGAUUUUCCAGCAAGAUUUGAAAGUCUUCCUCUAGAAACGCGUUGACGUGACGGCUUAGGAUCUAAAACACAGAACGGAUUGAACAUCAUUCCGCUUUUCAGAAGACUGUCACGUUUCCAAGUCACUCCAAUGUCUUCCGGCUGUCCGCCUCAGUCACCAGCUGUGGCGAAGUCUGAGGUAGCAGUAGAGGGAGAAUGCCCGCUUCUGGCUGCCACCUUUGCCUACUGGGACAACAUCCUGGGUCCACGUGUGCGCCACAUUUGGGUUCCAAAAGGCGACCAGGUGAUGUUCCUCAGCGACGGAGAGGUGACCUUUUUGGCCAAUCAUACACUUAAUGGGGAGAUUCUGCGCAGCGCCGAGUGUGGCGCGGUGGACGUGAAGUUCUUUGUCCUGGCAGAGAAGGGCGUCAUCAUCGUGUCUCUCAUCUUCGAUGGCGAGCUGAAGGGGGACAAGAACACGUGUGCCUUGUCCAUCAUUCUGCCUCAGACGGAGCUGGCCUUCUACCUGCCUCUACACACCAUCUGUGUAGAGAGGCUAAAACACGUUAUCCGCAAGGGACGCAUCUGGAUGCAGAAGGGCUACAACAUCAUCUCAGUGCUGAGUUUGGAGAUUGUCCCUAUCAUGGAGCUGUUGGCCUCCAUGAAGACACACAGUGUACCAGAGGAUAUAGAUAUAAAAGACACGGUGCUAAAUGAUGAUGACAUCGGGGACAGCUGCCACGAGGAUUUCCUCCACAAGGCCAUCAGCUCUCAUCUCCAGACUUGCGGCUGUUCAAUAGUGGUCGGAAGCAACCCGGAGAAAGUAAACAAGAUUGUCCGCACACUCUGCCUCUUCCUCACCCCUGCUGAGAGGAAAUGCUCUCGCCUCUGCAAGGCUGACGCUUCCUUCAAAUACGACACAGGCCUGUUUGUUCAGGGUCUGCUCAAGGACUCCACAGGCAGUUUCGUCCUGCCCUUCCGCCAGGUUCUCUACUCGCCUUACCCGACCACACACAUCGACGUCGACAUCAACACGGUCAAGCAGAUGCCGCCGUGCCACGAACACACGUACAACCAGCGCCGCUACAUGCGGUCUGAGCUAAGCACGCUCUGGAAGACAGACAGCGAGGAGGACAUACCGCCUGACACGGUCAUUCACACUGAUGAAACCUUCACACCUGACCUGAAUAUAUUUCAAGACGUCAUGCAUAAAGACACUUUGGUGAAGUCAUUUAUAGAUGAGGUGUUCAUGCUGAAGCCGGGUCUGUCCCUGCGGAGCACUUACCUGGCCCAGUUCCUGCUGCUGCUCCACAGGAAGGCCCUCACGCUGCUCAAAUACAUCGAGGACGAAACGCAAAAAGGGAAGAAGCCAUUUCGAUCCUUGCGUAAUUUAAAGACAGACCUGGAUCUGACGGUGGAAGGAGACCUGAACAUUGUAAUGGCCUUCGCUGAGAAGCUGAGGGCAGGACUGCACUCGUUCGUGUUCGGGAAGCCGUUCUACACCAGCAUGCAGGAGCGAGACGUGUUAAUGAGCUUCUGACUCUGUUCUGCACUAUGUCACGGAAGGAAACAGACAUUUAUGUUGUGUUGUUUUUGGUUUGUUUUAUCGUUACAUGAAUGUAUGCACCAGUGUACUCUUCAUACAAGACUACCAUUAUUAGCCUGAGCGUUUGUUUCUGCUUGGCUGAAAUGAAAAGAAUAUUUUGCCUUUUUUUUGUGUGUGUGUCUUUAUCAAUACAAGGCAUGAUUUCAAAGACUGAUUGUUACUGCUGUUAUGAGCCAUCAGAAUUAAAGUUUUGAUAUAUUGCCUUGA